GUUAUUGACAAAUAUACCAAAUACAAGAACUUUUGGACGCCCUCUCUAGUCUUUACUAUUUUCCAAACACCAAGCACCGGAGGCUUUUGCCUUGCCAGUGAAGCCCCUAGCUACCGCGCGCGUGCAAUGGCACAAUGCAUACCGUCACGCAGUCCAGCCCUGCUCCUACUCGACAGACAGCCAAAACACAACCCAACCAACCUCGGACGCGCCGGCGCGCCCGUGAAUGACGCACGCACGAGACACGGCCGCGAGGCGCGCGGCGAGCCGAGCAAGGCGUGGACGCCUCUGACCCGUCGUUGGCGCGCGGCAACACAGGCACAGCCCAGCGCGCCCCCCCGCGCACGCGCCGAGGCGAAGGGGAGCAGCGCCCGGCCGGCCGUCGAGGCGUCUCGUCGCCGCCGCGCUCCGAUGGGGGGCUGCUACUCCGCCUACGCCUGCUCGCGCAAGCUCCGCAGCCGCAUCUCCUUCGUGCUCCCCGUCACCGAGCGCGACCGCGACGACCGGUCCAGCAGCGACGGCGCCAGCACCGCCUCCCCGUCCCCGUCCCCGUCCCCGCGCAAGGACGCCGACGCCGCGCCCGCCGUGGUGCGGACCACCGCCGCCGAGUUCGCGCGCCGGUACGCGCUGGGCCGGGAGCUGGGCCGCGGCGAGUUCGGGGUGACGCGCCGCUGCCGCGACGCCGCCACGGGGGAGGCGCUCGCGUGCAAGACCAUCCGGAGGCCCCGCCGCCCCCGCGGCGGCGGCGGCCGCCUCGGUGGCCCGGCCGCAGCCCCCGCCGCGGGGAAUCCCGGCGCGUCGCCGGGGCAGGACAGGGCGGCGGCCGCGGCGGCGGCGCACGCGGCGGACGUGCAGCGGGAGGUGGCCAUCAUGCGCCGAAUGUCGGCCCGCGGCGGGGCCGCCGUGGUGCGGCUCCGCGAGGCCUGCUGCGAGGACGGCGGCGGCGCCGUGCACCUCGUCAUGGACCUCUGCGAGGGCGGUGAGCUCUUCGACCGCAUCGUCGCCCGCGGCCACUAUUCGGAGCGCGCCGCGGCAAACAUCUUCCGCACCAUCGUCGGCGUCGUCCAGCUCUGCCACUCCGACGGCGUGAUCCACCGGGACCUCGAGCCCGAGAACUUCCUCUUCGCCAACAAGUCCGAGGACUCCCCGCUCAUCAUCGACUUCGGCCUCUCCGUCUUCUUCAACCCCGGCGAUCGGUUCACGGAGGUGGUGGGGAGCUACUACAUGGCCCCCGAGGUGCUGAAGCGCAACUACGGGCCGGAGGUGGACGUGUGGAGCGCCGGCGUCAUCCUCUACAUCAUCCUCUGCGGCGUGCCGCCCUUCUGGGGCGACAACGACGAGAAGAUCGCGCAGGCGAUACUCCGCGGCGGCAUCGACUUCAACCGCGAGCCGUGGCCUCGCGUCUCCGCCGCCGCCAAGGACCUCGUCCGCCGCAUGCUCGACGCCGACCCCUCCACCCGCCCCACGGCGCGGCAGGUCCUGGAGCACCCGUGGCUCAAGAACGCCGACGCGGCGCCCAACGUGUCCCUCGGCGACGCCGUGCGCGCCCGGCUGCAGCAGUUCUCCGCCAUGAACAAGUUCAAGAAGAAGGCGCUGGGCGUGGUGGCGCGGAGCCUCCCCGUGGAGGAGCUGGACAAGUACGUGCAGAUGUUCCGGCUCAUGGACAAGGACCACAACGGGAACCUGUCGCUGGAGGAGCUCAUGGAGGGGCUCCACAUCAACGGCCAGCCGGUGCCGGAGCCGGAGAUCCGGAUGCUCCUCGAGGCGGCGGACACGGAUGGCAACGGCACGCUGGACUGCGACGAGUUCGUCACCGUCUCGCUGCACCUCAAGAAGAAGGCCAGCGACGAGUACCUGGCGUCGGCGUUCAGGUACUUCGACAAGGACGGCAGCGGCUUCAUCGAGCUGGAAGAGCUCAGGGAGGAGCUGGGGCCCAACGAGCAGGUCAUCCUCGACAUCAUCCGGGACGUCGACACCGACCAGGACGGCCGCAUCAGCUACCAGGAGUUCGAGCUCAUGAUGAAGGCCGGGACGGACUGGAGGAACGGGUCGAGACAGUACUCAAGGGCAAACUUCAGCAGCCUCAGCCGGAAGCUCUUCAAGGACAUGCCGUGAGACCAAACCAGUUGGAGGCCGGCAUCGAGGGGGCAGCCACGAUCAAGAAAGGAAUCUUCACCGCUUCUCGGAUUCCUUCGGGGGUGUUUGGCAGGGAGGGGCUAAAUUUUAGCCCCUGUCACA